AUGGAGCAAUUAGCGUGAACGAAAAGAAGGUUUGCCGUCAGCAAAAUGGCAAGUUGUAUAAAAACAGAAAUCAACUCUUGAAGGUUAUAAAACCAACUUUCUGUGGAGUACCCUUUUUGUACCAGGCCUCGUCCAGUGCUAGCUACACUUUGGGGAAUUUUCACCGGGUGCUUCAGACGGAAGGAGGGCCGAAACAAAGGUGAACCCUACAGCUACAAUACUUCAGCAUCUAGCAACAUCAACGAUGACGACCGGGCGGUCAGCAGCAACUGCACCCACGCCCUGCCUCAAUAUCCAGACGGUGAGAUAGCCGAGUGUUACACCGUGGACUCAGAAAAGACUUCAUCAGGAUCCCAAAUGUUUGGCUUUGGUAGCGGGGGUGAAAGUAUUUACACUGAAAGACGCACCAUCAUGGGACAAGUAGUAUCGGGACCGAAAGAAGAGACCCACCAUAGUUGCAAAAGACGAAAGACUGUUGCCAACAAGCAAACAUCAGUAGAUGCUGCAGACCUACAAAGAACAGCCGUAGAAUUACAGCUCGGACAGAUCAUCAAACCGAAUGUCAUCAAACUCCCCGCCAUCACAAAGCUCCCAACCAUAACGUCAUCAGAUACCGUUCAAGACCAUGCUCUGCCGUACCCAACCAUUAACGAAAAAGACCUGCGUCGUGCCAACAAGGAGGGACGCCCUCUAGUGCUUGGCCGAGGCCAGAGUGGUGUAGUCCGGUUAAUGAGGUACCACCAAUCGGAUGGAAGUUCCUCAUUGGUUGCAGUCAAGAGAUUAAUAAGUGGCACCUCGUCUGGUACCCAAGUUGCUCUUAUGAGAGAGAUCAGAGCGAUGCUUGAUGUCGAACAGUGCCCCAUCUUCCCUCGGGUGGUAGGUGUUAUUAACAAGCAGUCAUUCGCUCAGGAGUACAUUGGUAACCCAAAGAGUUUAGCUUCAUUAAGCAUCACCAAGGCACUCAGAGGUAGACCCCAGAUAUCACUCUUAAACUGGAUAUUGAUCAUCACUGACGUCGUCGAAGGUUUGUCGGCACUCCACCAAUCAGGAUGGGCUCAUUGCGACAUACAGACUAAUAACGUGUUGCUAUGGAAGAACUGGGGCAGAAAAGAGGCGACAACCAGAUGGGAAGCUCGGAUCAUUGAUCUGGGAAAUGCGAAGUGGUUGGAGAGUUCGCGAUGCCUCAGUUUGUCAUUGACCGAGAAGGAAACGUACUACCGUAAUUGCAGACAUAUCCCUGCCGAGGUUGUGGAAGGCCAAGCCCCGUAUAGUAUCGCCUCUGACAUACACAGCCUCGGUGUUUUGAUGACAGACAUUGCCAGUAAGAUAACAUCACUGACUGCUAUCUUACCGUUGGCUGAAUCGUGUACAACUAUAGACUACAAACUCAGACCUUCCACCCAGUUGUUCAUGAAGGAUCUUGAUACAUGGUGUUAUGAUCAAACAGGCUGCAAUAUAUCUCAGUUGAAAAGACAGAUUAUUACAUAUGUCUGAAGGAUUCAAUAUUGCUGUCAACCAUAUUCACUCUUCGUUUCAGCUGGUUCCAUGUGACCCGGUGGUGCUUUUGUUUGAGCAAAACUUAUCAAGAUCUGAAGUCUACAUGACAAUCAUUUAGUGUUGCCCGUAUACCUGUAUAUGCACCAUUUUCUGAACUCUACAACUACAAAUUCCUUUAAAAAUCUAUAUGAACCGUUUUGCUUCCAAACUACCUCACGUUCACUUAUAUAUUUUUCCAAAGGUAGUGAGUUUUAUGUCGUCAUGAAUGCAAUUUUUUAAUCUGGAGGGAACAGUUUUGAUGAUCAAAUAGAUCUCUAAUAUAAGGCGGGUCUACUUGAGAAUUUGUUUAGAAAAAAAAUUGCAAAACAAAGUCUAGUUAGGAAGUUCUAAAGUUUGGGUUUGAAAGGGUACGAAAUAGGCCACAUUGUCGUACCGACCACUGUUUUGAAAUAAUAACUUGUAUACGCUUGUUUUUAAAACAGAAAUUAACCAUGCCUGCUUAAAGAUGGGGAAUACAUUUUGAAGAAAAUUCUAAUCCUUUUUUACUGAACCAGUUUUUAUGGAAUUCGGGAUCAGAUGAAUUUUUUAAUCAGUGUUGACCAUGUUAUUUUUAAAAUAUCGAUCCUAGUUUUUAAAAUCGUGCUAAUGUCAAAAAUGAGAUUUUCAAUAGAUCAAAGUAUUCAAUUGGUUAUAUAUUUUUUAAAUAUAUGGGAAAGGCAUUAUUUUUUUAAGAUUCAAGUCUAAUCCUGUUUGUUUGGGGACUGACUCCAUGGCCAAAUUUGAUAGAGCUGCUUAAACACAAAAGUUAAUAAGCAGAACAAAAUUAUGCUUACCAUGCAGAUUAUGGUUAGCAGCCAAAAUAUAGGUUUUCUCGGUCAAUUUCGGAAAAUGAGCAGCCAAUUUAACCACC